UUGCCUCUACUCUCAAACAUACCAAAACCAAGGUGCUACAAGCCUCUGUGUGUUAAGGCAAACUCUAGGAGGAGAAGAAACGCAAGAGAGAGAUAUGAAGCUUAACAGUGCAGCCAUGGCAGCUGAUCAGUCCAACAAGAGGAGCAAUAGGGUUUCAUGCAGAAGGCUUGGAGGGUAUCUUAGACAGCAGAAAGGGAGGCUCUACAUCAUUAGGAGAUGUGUGGUUAUGCUUCUCUGCUGGCAUGACUAAUUUGCAAUUGGUUUAAGUUUUCAACAUCAGCCACUAAUUUUUUUCCAACUUGAAGCAAAGCAAAGCAAGCAAGCAUCUUCAACCAUUGCUGCAGUGAAGUUUCAGCAAAUCAUCAAUCAUCUCUCUCUCUCUCUCUCUCUCUCUCUCUCUCUCUCUCUCUCUCUCUCUCUCUCUCUCUCUCUCUCAUCCUUCUACAAUGAUGAGGUGUAAAUAGCUAGCAAUGAGAAAUGUCAGUGAUGAUGCACAAUUGUUUUUUUCUUUUCCUGCAGAAUUUGUACGACAGAAAAUCUUUGAAUUAAUUAGAUAUUUGGAACCAAUUUUAGAGAAGCUUG